GGUGGAGGCAGAGGGCAGAGCCACAGGGGAAAGAGCACCCACCCAAGGCAGGAGGGAGAGGCCAAGAUCCAGGUCAGUCCCAGACCCCGCCAGAGGAGGCCUCAAGCAAGGGAGGAGGAUGGACAAUUCCAGACUGCCCUGUCUGAAAGCCAGCAAGGGCCUCUUCAACACGUCCAUGGGUCCCCUCCAGCGCCAGCUCCGCUCGGGAGAAUACAACCUCUUCAAGUUCGCCUCCAUGUUUGAAAGCGAUUUCGUCCAGGUCAGCAAGAGAGGGGGCACGCCCGACGUCCACAACCAGGUCCAGCUAGUGAGGGUCGCCAUUGCUGCUACCAGCCCGGGCCUGCAAGUUCCCAAUGUGCUGCUGCUGGCCCGUCCCGUCCCCUCUUCUGAAGAGCAACCGCCAUCUUUCCACGACAGUUUCCGCCAAUCCUCUCGGAAAAUGAAGUUUGAGCUCACCAGGUCAGGCGUGCGGGCUCAACGCCAGGCGUGCACGUGCCACAAGCCAGACCCUCUGUUGCUCCCCAGGCUGCUUCCCUUGUGCUUUGUGAAGAUCUCCAUCCACGACUUGGAGAAGCAGCAGCUGCGGUUCAAGAUGGCGACCGGCCGUACCUUCUACCUCCAGCUGUUCCCCCAGCAGGACGCGCAGACCAACGUCUUCGAGUCGUGGGUCCGGAUCAUCCACCUCUUGCGGCCGCCCGCAGGGACUCGGCCGGAGAAGAAGGCACCGGCCAAAGACCUGCUGAAGGCCGGGGAGCCUGUCAUCCACGUGCUAGGGACGGCAACACCCCCGGGUCCCGAGGAAGGGGGCGAUACCACCCCUGGGGAAGACAGCACCAUUGCCGAGAUCAUCAGCAUCUUCCAGGAGGACAUGGAGGGCCUGCCCAACCCAGCGGAGACCUCGGAGAGUCAGUCCAGCAGCGGCCAGGAGCUGCCCAGCAGCCCACCGCCCCCCAUCCACCAGGAGGACGCCAAGCCGGAGAGCCCUCCCCCUUCCGAGGGGCCCUUCAGCAGGGAGAAGCCAAAGCGGGCCCCCUCCGAAAGCGGCGGCCGGAAGGAGAAGCCGAAGGGCCACUCCUCCAGGAACAGAAAAAAGAGCCCCACGAGCAAAUCUCGCAGAAGCCACUCCGCUCAGACAGCUGCCACCAAAAGCUCCAGCAAGAUCUCCACCCUCCUCGCAAAUUCUUUCGGCAGCACCAGCCAGACCCACCGCAAGGGACCCAGCAAAAGCAAAGAGAAGAAACGCUGAGCCACGCCAGCCACAGGAACUCGGCCGAGGCCCAGAAGGGAUCGAGAGGCCUCCCUCGUCUCCGAACAGCUCUGACUUUAAUAAAGACAAUGCCUAGACAGCC